UCCCCAUAUUUCAUUGUGCUCAAUUGAUCAAUGAAAAACAUGGCUCCCCACAUCCUUUUCCUUGCUCUUCUAGCUCUAGCAACAUCUCAGGCAAUUGCCUCCGAUCCUAGCUCUCUCCAAGACUUCUGCGUCGCAGAUAAAAUGUCGCAAAUUUUCGCGAAUGGGCUUGUGUGCAAGGACCCGAGGCUCGUCACGACCGAUGAUUUCUUCUUUUCUGGUCUCGACAAGCCCGGCAACACCUCGAACAAAGUCGGAUCUAGUGUCACGCCAGUGAAUGUCGCGCAAAUUCCAGGCUUGAACUUCAUGGGCAUCUCCCUCGCUCGCGUAGACUUUGCUCCCUAUGGCCUCAACCCUCCUCACAUCCAUCCGAGGGGCACCGAGAUACUGACCGUAUUGGAGGGCUCACUCUAUGUUGGUUUCGUAACGUCGAACCCCGAGAACAAGCUCUUUGCGAAGGUGCUUAGCAAAGGCGAUGUUUUCGUGUUCCCCCAAGGCCUGAUCCACUUUCAGUUCAACUACGGUACAAACAAUGCCGUCGCUAUCGCAGCAUUGAGCAGCCAGAAUCCUGGAGUGAUCACCGUUGGAAAUGCGGUCUUUAAGUCGAAUCCGCCCAUCUCUGAUGAUAUUCUUGCUAAGGCCUUUCAAGUGGAUAAGAAGAUCAUCGAUUUGAUUCAAGCUCAGCUCUAGAUAUAAAAUUAAGAGAAACAAUUAAUGAUUCUUUCAUUCCUUGACUAUCUGGUGUUUCUUUCUCUGUUGACCAAAGCUUGUACCUGCUACUCUUUGUUCAAGCAAUA